AUGGCUACGAUGCGUGCAGUCGAGAUCAAGGAUGGCAAAGGCCCGCUUGAGAACCUCCACAUCACCGAGAUCAAACGACCCUCGAUCUCCUCCUCUCAAGCCCUCGUCAAAGUCCGUGCAUUCGGCCUGAACCGCAUGGAUCUCCUGCAGCGCGAAGGAAAGUAUCCGGUCCCUCCGCAAGCUCCUUCAACACUCGGCGUGGAGUUCAGCGGCACGAUUGAAGAGGUGGCGGAUGGAAACGAGGAGGGAUACAAGAAGGGUGAUGAGGUGUUCGGACUGGCAUAUGGAGGAGCGUAUGCGGAGUAUAUUGCCGUGUCGACGCAUAUGCUUGUCAAGAAGCCGGAGGAGUUGAGCUGGGAGGAGUGUGCGGGCAUACCAGAGGUCUACAUCACCGCCCUACAAGCAAUGUACCUCAUUGGCGAAUUCGAACCCGGCAAAUCCAUCCUCUGGCACGCCGGUGCCUCCUCAGUCGGCAUCGCAGGCCAACAACUCAGCAAAGUCAACGGCGCUUCCAAAGUCUUCGCCACAGCUCGCAGCGACGAUAAGUGCAAUUGGUGUGUCUCCGAUCUCGGGGCUACUGCGGCGUACAAUAGCACCAACACCGAUUGGGCGGAGGAAGUGCUCAAAGCGACGGACAACAAGGGUGUGGAUAUUAUCGUUGACUUCAUCGGACCGGACACUUUUGCUGCGGACUUGAAAGCAAUCGCGAAAGAUGGACGGAUCGUCAACUUGGCUACGCUGAGUGGGCUGCACCUGAAGGACACGAACGCCAACUUUGGUGCCUUUGUUGCGAAGCGGGUUCGGUACGAGGGAAGCAGUCUGAGGUCUCGAGACGAGAAGUAUCAAGGCAAGUUAAGGAAUCACUUGGUCGAGCACGCCUUGCCUAUGUUCAAGGAUGGGCGACUGCGGUCGAUUGUGGAGAAGGUGUUCCCUUGGGAGCAGAUCCAAGAGGCGCAUAAACUGAUGGAGAGUAAUCAGACAAAGGGCAAAAUUAUUUGCACGAUUGGGUAG